AUGGGUUCCUUCUCCAUUGACGUACUCCCGAAUCCCGCCCACGAUCAUGAUACGCUCCUUGAGUACUCGGCAAGAUUGAAAAGGCUCCGACUGAGAGCCCUGAAAGGAGACGCGAACAGUUUCGUUUCCAAGUAUGAGCAUGAAGCCGACCAGCCACAGGAUUUCUGGUUGAACAGGCUGAAGGCGGAUCGUGUCGUCCACCUGAUCCUGACUCGCGAAAAUGAGGCAAAACCGAACGAGACCUUCCUGCAGAAAGAGUGGGUUGGAUUUGUGGUCAUUUCUGUUGUUCGCAACGACGAAUCCUCAGACAAAGCGACAGACAACUUGUCGGCAGACGAAUGGAAUAUGGCCGCUGUUUAUAUCGAGCCCGAAGUGCGUGGUCAAGGACUGGGAAAGCGCCUUGUUCGAGCGACCAUCGACUAUAUCAAAGGCCAUAUUUCUACAGAAGAUAAUAAAGCAGCGUAUUGUUUAACGAGUGUCCGCCACGGCAAUGACAACGCAUUAGAGCUUUACCAGAGGCUUGGGUUCCGUAUUGUCAACCUAAACGAGCACAUGGAGAAAGACGGGAAAGAGUAUUUCAUGACAGAUUUGAGGAUUGAUAUCCAGGGGGAGAAUUAG